GAAUUGCAUUCAAAUGAUUAAAGGAUCUUGCUUUCGUUUGAUUCAAAUUCAAACGGCACUUUCGCAUUAGGUAACAAGAUGGAGAAGAUCUGUGUAGCAGUCAGAGUGAGGCCGCCGACGCCGGAAUCAUCAUCAUCGGAGAACGGAUCUUCUCUCUGGAAAGUCGAAGACAAUCGCAUCUCUCUUCACAAGUCACUCGACACCCCAAUCUCAACCGCUUCUUACGCUUUCGACCAUGUGUUCGACGAAAGGUCUACGAACGCAUGCGUCUACGAACUUCUCACCAAGGAUAUCAUUCAUGCUGCCGUCGAGGGUUUUAACGGUACUGCGUUUGCUUAUGGGCAAACUAGUAGUGGAAAGACGUUUACAAUGACGGGUUCUGAGACUGAUCCAGGGAUUAUUCGAAGAUCUGUCAGAGAUGUGUUUGAUAGAAUACAAAUGAUAUCGGACCGUGAGUUUCUCAUCCGGGUUUCGUACAUGGAGAUUUAUAAUGAAGAAAUUAAUGAUCUUUUAGCUGUUGAGAACCAGAGACUGCAAAUUCACGAACAUUUGGAGCGUGGAGUGUUUGUUGCUGGUCUUAAGGAAGAGAUUGUUAGUGACGCUGAACAGAUUCUAAAGCUUUUAGACUCUGGAGAAGUUAAUAGGCACUUUGGCGAGACAAACAUGAACGUUCAUAGUAGCAGGUCCCAUACCAUCUUCAGAAUGGUGAUUGAGAGCAGGGGAAAAGAAAACUCUUCUACGGAUGCUAUCCGUGUCUCAGUCUUGAAUUUGGUUGACUUGGCUGGAUCUGAGCGUAUUGCUAAAACCGGUGCUGGUGGAGUGCGCUUGACAGAAGGGAAGUACAUUAAUAAGAGCUUAAUGAUUCUUGGUAAUGUUAUCAAUAAGCUAAGUGAAAGUUCAAAGCUAAGGGCACAUAUUCCUUACCGAGACAGUAAGCUAACUAGAAUUCUUCAGCCUGCACUUGGUGGUAAUGCCAAGACUUGCAUUAUAUGCACUAUCGCACCAGAAGAGCAUCAUAUUGAGGAAUCAAAAGGAACUCUCCAAUUUGCAAGCAGAGCCAAACGCAUCACCAACUGUGCUCAAAUUAAUGAGAUCUUGACUGAUGCUGCUUUGUUGAAACGCCAAAAAUUAGAGAUAGAAGAACUAAGGAUGAAUGCUUCAGGAAAAGCAGGAACUUUAUUUCAAAUACAUCUAGAUCAUGUGGACAACACUAACAGUCUGAGAGAUAGUCAAGGAAAGCAUAGUCAAGCUGAUAUAAGGCUGGAGAAAGAGUUGUGUUUGGAUAAACUGCUUCUAAAAGCUUCAAGAGAGAGCCAUGAGAGGCUGGAAAAGGAAGUACAAUUCCUGAAGGAAGAAAGAGAUUCAUUAGAUGUAGCAGUCUCUCAAUAUCAGAGGUUGAGAAUUGCAUCUGAUAAGAAUGCUUUGAAAGAUCUUAAUGUGGAAGUGAAGAGAAGGAAAGAGAUGGAGGAAGAGAUUAAGCAAAUCAGCUUUGCUUUCUCUAGCAGGCAGAAGUCUCUUAUGUCUUUUCACAAUGAAAUCAAAUCCAAAAUGCAGAAACUAACAACGCAGAAUCCGAAAUUGAAGUAGCAGAAACAGCUGUUUCUGUUAAAGUUUAAGCCAUUGUUACAACUAGCUCAUGUGUUAUUUAUGUAACAACUCAUUACUGGUACCCCCAUCAAUACUAUUAAAACAGAAGCAAUUUUUAUCUACUUACAAAUAGUCUAGGUUGGACCAUUAUAUUUAAUGAUAUUUCAUUUUAUUUCUACUCA